CGUGUUUGAAAGAAAGAAAAAGGCGGCGGAAGUGGGGGCGUUGCAACUGGGAGUUCUUCAUCAUCGUCAUCCCUGAACAAAAAGAAGAAUCCUAGAAAAGCAAGGAGAGAGAAAGAGAGAAAGAAAGAUGUCCGUAAUUCAGAACAAGUCAAGGGCUAUUUCCGUAAUCCUUAAAACCGAGUAAAAGCAGUCGUCGUCUUCGUAUGAAAACGCUUGACAUUUUCCCUGUUGCCCGUUGCGAAGGAUUGUAAAUCACUCGACGGGGGAAAGAAGAACAACAACAACAACAACAAAAGCAAAAUCAUCCACGACGACCUGAUUUUUUCCCCUCUUUUGAAAACCCUCCAGCUAAGGCAUGUUCGAGGGAAAGGAUCUCGCUUCCGAUGGUGAGAACUCUCGGACCAAGCUUUGGCGCCAUGUUCCUGAGCGUACGAGGCCGAAUUCUAAUGCGAAAUCUGGUUUCUCGGACAAGGGUUUUAGUUUUCGGGAAGAAUCGGUGAUGGGUUCUGAUGGGUUGCAUUCGAAAUCUCCGAGAAUCGGGAAUUCGGCCUCUCAAGAACUCACUCUUAGCUACCUUUGUGAGAAUUCGAAAGAGAAGGGCUAUGCGGCUUCCUUCGAGAAAGGUAGUUACAAAGGUAAGGAAGUUUUGUUUUCUGAGAAUUGUAACGAAAAUGAUAAAUGGGUUGAGAGGGAUUUCCUGAAUUUGAACUCGAUUAGGGGAAAUCAAUCGAAGCGGGAGAUUGAGGAGGAGAUUGAAAGGGAGAAUCGGGGAAAGAAACCCAAGCUUGAAACGCUUAAUCUUUCUUUAGCUUUGCCUGAAGUUUCCCUCUCUCUCACUGCUUCAAAUGCUUUGCACAAUGAAGAUCCUCCCCCUGUCCGGUCUAAGCCCUGUAGGAGCGUUCAAUCUUUGGCUCCUUCCAUGAACAACACCCAAACUACUUGUUCUAACGAUUUUACUGCUGCUUCGCUUUCCUAUUCCUACUCCCACCAAUUUUCUCACAACCCCAGUUGCUCCUUGACUCGAAAUUCGACUGAGAAUUACGAGUAUUCGGUUGGGAGAGACGACCAUAUUUGGAACUGUGGAGAGGGAACUAAUGGUUCGGUUCAUAGCAGGUUCAAACCAUUAGGGGAUGGAGUUGCCUUAUCAAAUCAUGGAAGUGGGCUGAAUUCCUUGUUGCAGGGGAAUCGGCCUUCGAAUAAGGAGGUUUGUAACAACUCCGAUGAACACUCAUUUUUCCCGUCUGAACUACCAGCGAGACCGAAAAUGGAGGCAAAGUUGGGGAAUUCGAUUGGAAGGGGAUCAGAAAACUUGAAAGGGGUAGAGGGUAUUACUAGGCUGGAGAGAAUCAUUCGUGAAAUCGUCUCGGAGUCUAUCUUGGUCAUGGCUCAGAUGGUUCAAGAGCUUCCUGAUGAAACACUUGCAUCAAUCAAAGAUUAUUUGAAAGAUCUGAUUGCUAAGCCUGACAAGAGAGAAGAAUUAUCGUCCCUCCAAAAGCGGCUGGAGCGACGAUCCGAUCUGACCAAGGAAACUCUUUCGAAGUGUCACAAAGCACAGCUUGAAAUUCUAGUUGCAGUGAAGAUGGGGCUUGCUAGUUUCAUCUCUGCAAAAAGCAGGUGCUCCAUUUCUGAGCUUGUGGACAUUUUCUUGUUUCUGAAAUGCAGGAACUGCAAGAAUGUAAUCCCAGUUGAUGAUUGUGACUGCAAAAUCUGCUCAGCCAACAAGGGGUUUUGCAGCUCAUGUAUGUGCCCCAUUUGUUUGAACUUUGAUUGUGCAAACAAUACAUGUAGCUGGGUUGGUUGUGACGUCUGCUCCCAUUGGUGCCAUGCUUCCUGUGGGAUUGAGAAGAAUCUCAUCCGACCUGGUCCAAGCCUCAAAGGACCGUCGGGGACAACAGAGAUGCAGUUCCACUGCAUUGCUUGUAAUCAUGCUUCAGAGAUGUUUGGAUUUGUGAAGGAUGUUUUUGUGUACUGUGCUAAGAACUGGGGUCUAGAAACCUUGAUGAAGGAGCUUGAAUGUGUGAAAAGGAUCUUUAUUGGAAGUGAUGAUUACAAAGGCAAGGAUUUGUAUAUUAAAGCUGCUCGGAUUCUGGCCAAGCUCGAAUCCAAAGCACUUGCUCCUUGGGAGGCCUGCAAUAUCAUUCUUGAAUACUUUAAUCAUGGCACAUCAGAGAUUUCAACUUCAGGGGUAUUCUCCGAGAAGUUGGGAACAACCGACACGGCCAGCCUGUCAAAAGAGGGGAUGUCGCUCCCUCAGUCGGGUUCCCUACCUUCAUCAUACGUGAUGCAGAAAAACACCCCAUCUAGGCCACAUCAUGACUUGAUUACCAGUGAUCUUCGACGGAACAAUCUCAAAGCCUCCAUUGGCAGCGACUUGAAUGCAGUCGAUGAGUUUCGAUUUGGGACGUAUACAAAGAAAGAUGGCCUGGAGAGCUUGGAAAGCAUUAUAAGAAUCAAGAAAGCCGAGGCAGGGAUGUUCCAAAACAAGGCAGACGAGGCACGGAGGGAGGCUGAAAGACUAAGACAGAUAAUCAUUGCGAAGACGGAGAAGCUCGACGAGGAGUACGCGGAGAAGAUCGGGAAGCUGUGCUUGAAAGAGGUGGAGAAUAGGCGGAGGAAGAAGGCAGAGGAGCUGAAGGCGCUGGAGAACUCUCAAAUCGAUUACUACAACAUGAAGAUGAGAAUGCAGAAGGAGAUAGGUGGACUGCUGGAGAGGAUGGAAAUGACAAAAAAGCAAAUAGUGUGAAAGUUGGGGGAUGGGUUUGUGCAUUUAUUUCUAACUUCAUUUUUGUUGAGCUUUAGCAAAUAAUAUUUACUAUUAACGAUUAUGUUUCAAUGAGUUGUGUUUGUUUAUUAUUUAAUAUCGAUUUAGGAAAUCUCUAACUUCAUG